AUGGAUCGCCUUGUCCGAGUUCCCUGUGGCUUAUGCCAAGGCUAUGGGCACACACAGCCUUUGACUCACCCUGACCCCUGGAGGCAGGGUCAACAGCAAGACUGGUCACAAAACAUGGGCGCUCCCAUUUUUUUAGCCAGUCCAGGGGGGCCUAUACCUCCCGUUUUUCUAGCCAGGCCGAUAGUACCAGCAAACGUCUCUGAGUCCUGCGUGGGCUCUUACAACAGAGCUCAGUUUCGGGCCACUCUCCCUCAGACAAACACCGAUCUGAGUCUCCAGCUAUGCAAAGUCAACACCAAAGAGGUGGGCGUGCAGGUGAGCCUUCGGGUGGACAAGUCGGUGCAGUGCUCACUGGGGACCCUACACAGCAGCUCCCUCGUGGACAGAGCCAGCUCCAGGAAGCCCGCAGAAGCUUGGGGAGUAGGCCGGAGAGGCUUGAUCCAGCUACCCAAGGAUGGGGAAGACCGCAAAAGCCAGCAGCUCACAGGACAUGCAGAGGCCAGUCAGCCGCUGCCGCCUACAUCGAGGCCAGAUGGUGACAAACAGAAGCAACUCCCACAGCUGAAGGAAUCUGAGGAGGAAGAUCCCCAUAGCCCUGAGGCCAGAAAAAGCAAGCAGGUAUGUAGAAACACAGCCACAACUCCUAUUUCUCUUUAUUUUCAGUUUUUGGAACCAAAAUAUGGCUAUUUUCACUGUAAAGAUUGUAAGACCAGAUGGGAGAGCGCUUAUGUGUGGUGCAUCGCUGGUACCAACAAGGUUUAUUUCAAACAGCUCUGUAGCAAGUGCCGGAAGAGUUUUAAUCCUUACCGAGUAGAAACAAUCCAGUGUCAGACCUGCUCAAGAUCUCGUUGUUCCUGUUCUCAAAAGAAAAGACAUGUUGAUCUCAGGAGGCCACAUCGCCAGGAGCUCUGUGGUCACUGCAAAGACAAGAAGCUGUCCUGCAGCAUUUUCUACGGCUUUAAUUCUGUCCAGUGACAGCGGUACCAUGUCUGGUUUGUAGACUCAAGGGUGGUGUAGUCCUCUGUGCCACUUGGCUCUGAAUAAAUAACUGU